AAGGUUCCGGAGCAAAGAAUAUCCUGGGAGGGGCCGGACUCCUCACCACUGCAGCAUGUCCAGUGGCACCUCUUUCUUUUUUUCUGAAUCUCUUUUGCCCUGCUGACAUCACAAGCAGAAGGCUGGGGCUGGUCAUGCUUGAAUUGUGACAUCAGGAACAAAACUGUGGGCAGUCUCAAGGAGGGGGUCCAACGCGAUAGGGGGACCGCAGAACAGCAGCCAGAGGGAAAGGGGGUUCUCUUCCCUCCAUCCACAGGGCAGCCAAGCCUCUGGCUCUCCUUGACAUGCAGAGAGUUUCACAGCCAGUCCAGGACCAAGCCCCAGCCCUGCAGCCCACGGCCAAGCUCUCGGGACCUCCGCAAGGCCGGUUCCUGAUGGAUGACAGCAGUCUCUGCACGCUGGAGGACCAAGUCCUCUGUCCCGUUUGCCUGGAGGUGUUCCGCAACCCGGUCACCACCGCCUGCGGGCACAACUUCUGCAUGAGCUGCCUCCAGGGUUUCUGGGACUACCAGGCCACCAUGGGCGAGCCCCUCUACUGCCCCCAGUGCCGGGAGGGCUUCCCCACGCGGCCUCGCCUCUGCAAGAACGUCAUCCUGGAGGAGAUGGUGACCUGCUUCACCCAGGCCAAGGGCCAGACCUUGGGGUCCUCACUGAGCCUGGCCGGGCCCAGGGACGUGCCCUGCGACUUCUGUGCCCCCGAGAAGCUCAAGUCCAUCAAGUCGUGCCUGCAGUGCAUGGCCUCCCUGUGCGAGAAGCACCUGCGCAGCCACUUUGAGGACCAGGUGUUCCACGGGCACCAGCUGCUGGAGCCCGUGUGGGACCUCAAGAGCCGGCUGUGCCGGAAGCACCGCAAGCUCCGGCGGCUGUACUGCCGCACCGAGGGCUGCUGCGUGUGCGGGGCCUGCCUGCUGGAGGAGCACAAGAACCACGACACCAUCCCGCUGGAGGAGGAGCGGGCGCACAAGGAGGUGGAGGUUCGGAAGGUCCAGGCCAACGUGGAGAACCAGAUGCUGAUCAUCACCUCUGACAGCCAGAAGCACCGGGGCCAGGUGGCUUUUCUCUCGAAAUUGAUCCAGACAACGCGGGAAGAGGUGAACGCCUGCUUCUCAGAGAUCAUCCAGGAGAUCAAACAGAUGCAGAUGAAGGUGCUGGAUUUCGUGGAGAAAGAGGAGGCUGCUGCCCUGGGGAAGCUGGGUGGCUCCAUCCAGCAGAGUCACAACCGGCUCCUGAAGCUCGAGGGGGACAGCAUCUGGCUCCGCAGCCUGCUCGCCAACCGCAGUGACCAGCAGUUUCUGCAGGAGUUGCCCAGGCUGAAGCACUUCCCUGCCUGCAUGGAGCCCCUGAUGGGUACCAACUGUGAGGAGAAGCAGAGCUUCCUCCAGUUGCCAGAGACCUUGACGGAGCUCCGGACCCGGCUGGUGGACAUGGGUCUCAGCUUCAUCAACCAGCUCCUCCUGAAGGGCAUUAAGAUGAACUCCUAUGAGGUGCUGCCCCCAGAUGUGGACAGGAAAACCCUUCUCAAGUGUUACUGCAACCUGAACUUCGACCCCACGACGGCCAGCGAGGAGCUCUUCCUGUUCAAGGAGACCCACUCGGUGCUGAACCUGGGCAUCCUCCUGGAGCCCUUCGCGGCGGGCAGCCUCUUCCCGGGCUUCAAGCAGUGGCCGCAGGUGCUGUGCUCGCGGGGCCUGGCCGAGGGCCGCCACUACUGGGAGGCCGACGUGUCCAACUCGUGGGUGUGCCUGGGUGUCACCUACCGCCGCAGCCCCCCGCUCGGCGGCCGCCCGCGCCGCAACAUCGUCUACCUGCUGGGCCGCAACCCCUACUCGUGGUGCCUGGAGUGGGACUCGCUCAAGUUCUCCGUGUGGCACAACAACACGCAGACGGUGCUGCACGGCGGCUACCACCGCACGCUGGGCGUGGCGCUCGACUGCGCGGCCGGCUGCCUCUCCUUCUACGGCGUGGCGGGCGGCGUGAGCCUCCUCUACCGCUUCCUCGCCUCCUUCCUGGAGCCGCUCUACCCCGCCGUCAUGGUCAGCAGCGGCGCCUCGGUCACGCUCAAGCAGCACCCCUCCGAGGCCUAGGCCAAUAAAGCUGGACUCGA